GCGAGGGACCAGAAAGAAGGCAGAUAGCAACACAACAUUCUUACACACAAUUUAAGAUAGAAAAUCGAAAAAUCUACAAAAACUAAGAACCAUCCCGAUUGUUUUGGUGUUGAACACCUUUUGGUAGCUCGUAAUAAAGAAAAUUAAACAAAAAUCAAAUUGGAUUUGUCUUGUUUUUGGAGCAAUUUUCUUACUACAAAAAACAAAUCGUACGGAUUACAUAACCUCAAAAGCAAAUAUUGUUGCGUGAAGAGACAUUUACUCCGACUGCCACAAAGUAGAUUUGGUAACCAUGAAUGGGUCCAGUGCAAAUGAGUUGCAUAGCGACAACAAGCCAAAGGAUCGCGACAAUUCAACAGAAGACAAUGGGGUAUUGUUGGAACCACAUGAAAUAAAGCAGGAAGUGACCGUCAAAGAAGAGCCAGAAGUGGAAGAUGACAUCGAUUUGCUCACGGUACCGACAAGUUCUGCCAACGAAUCGACCAUCAAUUCUAGAAACACCGAAUGCACGAGUGGGGUAGGUGAUUUUAUGGAAGUGAAGUGUGAAGUUAAGGUGGAAAAGGAAGCAAACUCAAAAAAGCAUAAAGAUGGAGCAAAGGGACAAAAUGAUGCUGUAAAUUCAACUUCAAAUCGAUCGAAUGGAAAUCCAAAGUUGACAGCAGCCAAUGCAAAGAAAAAUGCGAUCGGAAUGAAGAAAUCGUUCAAAACUGGUGGAAGUUGUAGAAAGGGAAAAGCAAAUGCAUCCAGUACGACACGUAAACAACACAAAUGUCCAUCAUGCGAUUACACUACACCAUAUACGACCAAUUCGAUUAAGCACAUACGCAAGCAUACAGGUGAAAAACCGUAUCAAUGCAAUCGAUGUUCGAAACGAUUUAUUACAAAGCGUAAUCUUCAAUUGCACAUGAGAACACACGUGGCUGAAUUCCCAUUCAGUUGUGCAAAUUGUUUGCAAGGAUUUGAUCAAAAGAUUGACAAGUUGAUACACGAGUUUAGUUGCAACAUUCGCCGCUACAAAUGUCACCAUUGCAAAAAAUACUCCACUUUGAAGAAGACACAUUUGAAGAGGCACAUUCGUAUUCACACUGGCGAAAGACCAUUCCAGUGCAACCAAUGUUCAAAGAAAUUCACGCAAAAAAGUCACUUAAUUUGCCACAAAAAAACUCACACCAAUCCACGUCCAUUGAAGAUCAAGUGUUCGGCUUGUUAUCAAAGCUUUUUAACACAGACUGAAAAAGAAAUGCAUGAACAAAAGUGCCAGUGCAGAGGCUACGAAUGUUAUAUCUGCAAAGUAUUUACCAGCAACCGCAGACAGAAUUUGAAGUAUCACAUGCGAGCAAAUCAUACUGGCGAAAAGACAUUACCAUGUCAAUUGUGCCAAAAAUACUUUUCUCAAAAAGUAAACCUCAAUCGCCACCUGAAAAACGUUCACAAAUGAUCAUCAAUCAAUUCGAAGAAAACAUUUAGUUCAAUAACAAACGAAAUCAUCGGUAAUUAUUGGAUUGCCACCAAAACAAACGAAUUUAAAUUCCAGCAAUUAAAUAAGAUUGUCAAUUUACUCUUUUUCUUUUACAAAUCCUUCACAUGAUUAAAACCACAUAUUUUUUCAUUCAAUUCCAAUUAA